AUGGCACGUAAUGUAUCAUACAUGCUUCAUUUGUAUCAUACAAGCAAGUAUGUGAUAGAGAAUGGUAGCAUCAACACUUUUUCGAAUAUGCCGGAUGAUGAUUUGUUUGUUGAGGAAAGUCUCGGUGGUAGGCGUGUAGUGAAGAUCAAGAAUGAUUCGCAUGUAGAGUUCAUGAACCGUGUAGAUCCAAUGUCAUGUUUGGAUUUAUACAUGGAUUUGGAAGAUAUCACUCAAGAAGAAAGAGAAGCGAGUUUGGAAAACGUGUCAUUUAGUGGUUUUCCAAGGGGGGAACGUGCUAGUACUUCUCGAAACCGUGAUGAAGAGGAGACACCUUUAUUUGCACAAGAUGACUACCGGGAAGAGUCGGAUUCCGACUACAUAGCACUAAGUGAAAGCGAAGAAGACUGUGAUGUCUCCGGAAAGAGUAAUUUUGAAGAAAGUGAUGAUGAAAGGUUGGAAAAUGAGGAAAGGGAUUGUAAUCCAUUGCCCCGACGCCAUGUAUAUAGUAAGAUGGGGAAAUGGGAUGCCUCAUGUGUGGACAAGGAUGAGUUUACUCUUAAGAUACUCAUCAGGAGAAAGGUUGAGGACAACGUAGAUUAUACGGUAGCUUCGGCACAGAAAGAUGUGAAGACUUUAUUGAAAGUAGAUGUGCCAUACAAAAGGGCGUGGCAUGGGAGGAGGAAAGCUAUAGAAGCGGUCUAUGGUGAUUGGACCUCGAAUUUCGAAGAACUUCCAUGGUAUAUCGCUACGUUUAAGUUUACUAAUCAUGAGACUGUAGUAGAGUGGGAAUGGAAGGAGGGACAAGAAGACGAAGAACUCGACAAGCAUUUGGACGAUAUCAUCAAUCAAACACAUGCUGAUUUAACCUUGGGUGCAAAUGAUGAGAUGGAGGUAGAGGAUAUCCAAAUCCUGGUUGAUAAAGAUUCAUCUUUGCCCUCACAACCUCCGCCGGGUAAAAAAGCGAAACCAUGGUCGAGAGAUAAGAUUAGAGGAGGAAGAAAGAGGAAGGUCCCAAUCCCCCCUCGGACAUCGCAACAACAAACUGAGGGUCAACAAAAUGAGGAUCAAACACAUUCUUCUCGAGGCUCGCGCAUCCAGGUCGAGACUCAAUUUGAAGACAUUAGUGGACCCGAGACUGAGUUUGACCUUGGUGGACUCAAGACUCAGUUUGGUGGACAAUCGCAACCACAACCGGGAGUCAAAUUUCUCACCAUGUGGGAGUUCCAAUCCCAACCCCAACCCGAGCCUUAG